AUCGGCAGUCUAAUAACUCUGUCUCGUUCCGUCGUCCCGCCUGUCAUCGGCUCACACCCUUCAGCGGCGGCCGGCGUGACACACAAAGGAACUAGGCUGACGCAGACCUACUUCCACGGCGUUCUUUGGUGGGCGUGGCUUGAGCUUCGGUGGGCGGCGUGGGUGGAGCUUCGUAUAAGAUGCCUAUGACAAACAAACGUGAUAUUGUAACUGAUAACGAUAAGAAUUGAUUGCAGUUACGUGUUUCACUAUCACCAAACCGAGAUUUUCGAAGGCCAAAAUAAAGAUUCGUCACUGACAUGUCAAUCGCAACUCAUUUUUAAAGGCAGCACUUUUUUUUUCCUCUGUACUGAGUGCGCAUGCGUCGAGUGUCAUGAACGUAAGGAACACUCAAACCAAACAGUAACUCUUGAGACCCUUGAUGUGUUGCGAGGUAGUCCUGGCAACGCUCCUCACGCCCACACGUCUUCCUCGUUCACGCUGACAGUGACUCUCCUUCACGUGACGGACGGCAGGAGAGGGUUCAAGUGAUAAGCGAUUAGCGGAAGUGAUACAGCUUGGUUGAUUGCCGCGUAUCACAAGUAUGGCGGCAUUUCGAGUGGCACUAAUUGUGCUGGUCACGAACGCUACACUCGCCCUCGCCUCCUCUGUCACAUCUCUGCUCGGCUCCAACUUCGGCAUCGAUUUCCUGAGGCAGAACAGAGGCUGGGGCGCUGCUCUUGGGAAUAAAUACAUCGGGUCAACAGGAAAUUACAGCAGCAGCGCCGACAGUCCCUAUCUCCCUGUCAGGCGUCAGCUGAUCGACUUCCCCGAUAACGCAAUCAUGGGCUUUUACUUCAAGCUGGUGGUGCCCUACUGGAGCUUCCCUAAAGUUUCCACGAAGGGAGACUACCGAGUGGAGAUCACGUACGAGCUUCCCAAUGAGCUGCGCAGGCGUCGCAAGAAACGCUCCCUCGACAACGAGCGCUCCUCAGUCUACAACCUGGUGCAGGACUUCUUUUCCAAGGCCGGGAUGGACGGGGCCUCGUGCGUGCUCCGGGCCAUGUGCGAGGUCGGGGCAGCGCCUCUGGACGAGUACGGGGUCCUGGGGGAGCUCAUCACCCUCAUCUUUGCGCCGGGAUACAGGGCGAGCGAAGACCACCAGGACUACAUACAAGCAGAGGAGUACGGCCGCAGCUACGGCACCUGUUGGUCAGCCUACCCUGACUGCCCUAUCUCUAUGCGGGAGCAGCUUUAUAGUUUCUUCAUCAACAACGCCGACACGCAGCCAAAGACCCCGUCCUAGGUGAACAAGGACAUCCGGGUCUGGUAACACUGUCGCACAGAUGGUCGAUCGAUUAUGGAUUAUUUUAAAGUUUUAGUGCAGGAAUGAACAAAGAGGGAAGGAUGGAGGCCUCUUGCAUCUGCCUUUUUCCAGAUGCAAACGUUCUUAUUAUUUAUUCCUACAUUUUUCUCGUCACUCAUAAACAUUCCUGUAAAAACUGUAAACUGACCACAAAUUCGUCAAGUGAUGCCUAACUAAAACCAAAGAGAGAAGCAUGGAGCCCUCUUGCAUCUGUGGGUUUUUUUCCAGGUGCAAACUUUCCUCUUAUUUGUUUAUUCUUACAUUCCUUUCGACAUUCAUAUACAUUCCUGGAUAAAAUGUAAACUGACCACAAAUUUCUCAGGUGAUAAUGAUGCAAAUUCGUGGCAGCAUCCCACAGAGGCUUUAGAGAGAGGUAAAGCUUCAUCUUCCAAUUUUGCUAUCAAAUGAUGAGCUAAUCCGAACAAUACAUCGUUACUGACUUACAUUAAAGUGAUAUAUAACGUGAGGCCAGACAGAAAAUAAAUGAUCUGACCAGGUUCCUUUAUUUUUAUAUGGUUGGCGUUAGUUCUUCGUAAAAAAUAAAAAAAAAUAAAAAAGACGAGUAGGUACUACCUUGUAAAUACCAUGCCAUGCCUGUAGCAACAAAUAAAGUGAGAUCUCUU